GUCGAAAUUAUGGCUAAACCCUGCCCAGUUCUACAAUUUAUCUUAUUGAAAUCUGAUGUUAACCCUAACCACACUGCUAAUAUUUUGGCUAACCCGAACCUUAAACUAAGACCAAACAUCUAUUUUUUUGUUUUCGUAAAUGUUUAUGAUUACAACCAAUUUUGACUUUGUGGUUUUGGUAAACUAGUGAAAACCUCAGCGGAGUUACACGUGGUCACGUCACGUGCGCCAUCAUUCAAGAUCAAGAUGGCAGCCUCCAUGUGUCGGUGCUAUGAGCUGGUCGGAAGACGUCUUCUGCUCCUGUCAUCCCGUGCUGUCGUCUCUUCAUUCAAUAGAGGAGAUGCCUACAGGAUUUGUGGGUCUCCGGCUGUCCCUGUGCAGGUGCGGUAUGCGUCAGAACGACCUAGUCGUAAAGGCUUUUUCGGGGAGUUUGUGGAGAACCUGAGGCAGGAGUUUGGUAAGGACAAGGAGAUGAAGGAGAACAUCAAGAAGUUCAGAGAGGAGGCCAAGAGGCUAGAGGAGUCGGAUGCCCUGCAACAGGCUCGGAGGAAAUUUAAAACCAUUGAGUCUGAAACCGUUAAGACCUCUGAGGUGUUCAAGAAGACCUUUGGAACUCUGUCUGAAACUGUGAAGGAGGGCCUUGAGGAGGUGACCCGUACAGACCUGGGGAAGAAAAUCAAGGAGGGGGUGGAGGAGGCAGCCAAGACUGCCAGGCACUCGGUUGAGUCUGUGUCCAAGGGGGGAGAGAAGCUGGGAGUGACCAGCGCCUUCAGGGCCAUCUCACAGGGGAUGGAGUCAGUGAAGAGAGAGAUUGAUGUGGUGGACGAUGGUACUUACAGGGCUCCUUCUCAACUCAGGAAGAGGAGGGAAUUCUCCUCCAAGGGAGGGGAGAGCGACAACCGAGUGUUUGAGGCCAAUGAAGAGGACAUGGGUGUUGUGCUGCACAAGGAUUCUAAGUGGUACACACAGUGGAAGGACUUUAAAGACAACAACAUGGUUUUCAACAGGUUCUUUGAGAUGAAAAUGAAGUAUGACGAGAGUGACAACGCCCUUGUCAGAGCAUCUCGAGCCGUGACCGACAGAGUCACCGAUCUACUAGGUGGUCUCUUCUCUACCACUGAGAUGUCUCAGGUGCUGACGGAGAUCUUAAAGGCAGAUCCCAGCUUCGACAAGGACUCCUUUCUCAAACAGUGUGAGAAGGACAUCAUCCCCAACAUCCUAGAGGCUAUGAUCCGCGGGGAGCUCGAGAUGCUGAAAGACUGGUGCUAUGAAGCGACAUACAGUCAGCUGGCCCACCCCAUCCAGCAGGCCAGGGCCCUGGGUCUAAUGUUCCAGUCCAAGGUCCUAGAUAUAGACAACGUAGAUUUGGCGAUGGGGAAGCUCAUGGAUCAAGGCCCCGUGUUGAUCAUCACCUUCCAGGCCCAGGUGGUCAUGGUGAUUCGUAGUCCCAAGGGAGACCUGGUGGAAGGAGAUCCGGAGAAGGUGUUGAGGAUGAUGUACGUGUGGGCUCUGUGUCGGGACCAGGAGGAGCUCAACCCCGACGCGGCCUGGAGACUACUGGACAUGUCUGCCUCCAGCACCGAGCAGGCUCUUUGAGAGAUGAGGGACCCGACAAAGGGACGCUCCCGGGACACACACACACAUCCAGGAUCUACACACACAAGCCAGUGUACACCACAACAUCACACAUAUCCAGGAGCCACACUGUAUGUCAAGAGGACGUGGCGGCAUGUCCCUUUCCAGAUGCGUACUAGAGUGGUGUGUUUGUGGUUAGUCCUCAUGGCGCAGAUGGGAUCUUCUACUGGUGUGUGGUCUUAGGAACAAAAUAGAGUGUGUGCGGACACGAAGUGAAAGGACAGUUUGUUUUCAGUUGUGCACCGGGGCCUCCCACUCUUGCUAUUCUGGUUAGAGUAAGUUUGCUUUCUGUGAAGGUUUGCUUUCUGUAGUACACAGCUUUGUACGAGAUCUUCAGUUUCUUGGCUAUUUCUUGCAUGGAAUAGCUUUCAUUUCUAAGAACAAGAAUAGACUGCCGAGUUUCAGAAGAAAGUUCUUUGUUUCUGGCCAUUUUGAGCCUGUAAUCGAACCCACAAAUGCGGAUGUUCCAGAUACUCAACUAGUCUAAAGAAGGCUGGUUUUAUUGCUUCUUUAAUUAGCACAACAGUUUUCAGCUGUGCUAACAUAAUAGCAAAAUGGUUUUCUAAUUAUCAAUUAGCCUUUUAAAAUUAUAAACUUAUAAUUAAUUAUAGUUUAUAAUUAUAAACUAGCUAACACAACGUGCCAUUGGAACACAGGAGUGAUGGUUGCUGAUAAUGGGCGUCUGUACGCCUAUGUAGAUAUUCCAUAAAAAAAAUCUGCGAUUUUCGAGUUACAAUAGUCAUUUACAACAUUAACAAUGUCUACACUAUUUCUGACCAAUUUGAUGUUGUUUUAAUGGACAAAAAAUGAGCUUUUAUUUAAAAAACAAGGACAUUUGUUAGAAUUUAUUUUUACGGGAAGACAAACUGAAGAUAAAUAGGAUAUCUAUGUAUGUUUAAAGAUCCAUCGUGUCACGUGUCCAAAUACUCAUGGCAAUUCAGACUAACUGUUAAAUAUGUCAAACUGCUUCAUUGCAAGCUAGGGUGGGACCACAGUCAGGCUUGUCGUAAGGCAGCUACUUUUUCAGCUGAACCUCAUAGACAUUGCACUGAUGUUCUCUGUACUUCCAGAUGUACUUAUAUGGUACUGUAUGAGAGACUGCCUGCAACGGGUAUGUAUAUGAUUUUUUUUUUAAUGUAAUUUUUUAUUUUUAUUACACGUUUAUUUUUUGUCUGUAUUACAUGGUUUUCACAUCAGGAAACUGGAAUACUGGUAACUGAAAGGGUUAUUUUUGUUAACCAUAACUCAAUAACAGAAAAUAAUAUUUCAGGGAGUGUUGUAGCUAACUGAUUUGAGUGUUUCAUUCAGAGUUGGUUCUAGCAUGAGGAAAUGUGAUAUUUCAUGACAAAGGGCAAUAUCAUAUUUCAGCUGUCUAUAUAGAUAACAUGUAAAUCUAGUGCUCUGAGAUGGACUAUUCAUCAAAACAAGGACCAUCAUUCUAACAAAAAUAUGGUUUAAUGUUGUGAGCUCUAGAUUAAAGGAUAUAAACCAGGAGUUUUUAUGGAAACGUUUUACUUGGACCAUGAAUGUGUUGGCAGAAGGGUGAGUUUCUAACAGAAGAAUAUUCAGAAAAUAUUCAGACCCCUAGACGUUUUCCACAUUUUGUUACGUUACAGCCUUAUUCUAAAAUGGAUUAAAUAAAUAUAAAUCCUCAGCAAUCUACACACAAUAAUCCAUAAUGACAAAGCGAAAACAGCUUUUUAGAAAUGUUUGCACAUUUAUUAAAAAUUAAAAACAGAAAUACCUUAUUUACAUAAGUAUUUACACUUCGCUAUGAGACUCGAAAUUGAGAGCAGGUGCAUCCUGUUUCCUUUGAUCAUCCUUGAUGUUUCUACAACUUGGAGUCCACCUGUGGUAAAUUCAAUUGAUUGGACAACAAUUUGGGAAGGCACAGACCUUCCCACAGUUGACAGUGCAUGUCAAAGCAAAAAAAACGAAUCCAUGAGGUCAAAGGAAUUGUCCGUAGAGCGCCGAGGCAGGAUUGUGUCAAUUUAAUACAUUUUAGAAUAAGGCUGUAACAAAAUGAGGAGAAAGGGCAAGGGUCUGAAUUCUUUCCGAAUGCACUGUGACUAUCGUUUUAACCUUGUUUUUUGGGGGGUGUUUGUGGUUGACAGAUAAGGUCCAUUUGAAAGUAGAAGUUGCCCCUCUAGAAUUAGAUUUCCCCUAUGCCCAAACCUAUAUGUAAGAAUUAGACGUGUAAAACGAUAUCUGACCCUAAAACAGAGUUUGGGGCAACUCUAAGCUCACUGGAAGUUGAAGAUUGGCUCUUGAAGUGGCAGAAACCUCAUACUCUACAGUAUAUCUAAGAACAGGGUUCUUUAGUGAAAAAUAACCCUGUUCACGCUGGGCUGAAUCCUAACUUGAGAUACAUUAUUUGCUAGCGUUGAGUACGAGUAUGUUGAUUGGAGAUUUGUGGAACUCUCAGGUUAUGAUUCCAUCCUGAGAGAGUCUCACUUUGGUUUACAUCCAUGUAUUUGCGUCGACCAAAGGAAAUAUCUAUGUAUUGUAUCACUUUAUUUUUUUGCCUUGAGAAAAGAAUGCUGUAUGAUACUGAGGCUUUGUUCAUGUUUUUCAUUGUCUGUCAUUCGCCAGCAUUAGUCUUUAGUGGUAUAAUAACCAGCGGCGACCCGUCAUUCAGGGCAGGUGGGGCAUUUUUGGGCUUGCCUGUUUUGCAUUUUAUUUUGGCAUUAAGACGUAUCACAUAUCAGUUUGCAAACAAUGUAAAAAUAUAUAUCAUAAGGUUAAUAAAGCUGCAUAC